UCUUACUUGUUUUCGAUCUUUUCCCAUUCAAUUCACGCCGUUCGAAUAUUUUGAUUACUCACUGUACUUGAGCUCCUAUUCUAUACACUCUAUAGUUUCAUUCUGUGAUUGUGUGUACACUAAUUGUGUUUUCUUAGUUAUAUGUUAUGCACACUUAUGAAAAAGGAGGUUGUUGACUUCUAGUUUCCUUUAUUGGUAAAUGUAUUCAUGUUUAAAACGAAAAAUUUGAUAAAAAUUACAAGUAUCAAGUAAUUCAUAAAAUUUAGAAAAUGCCGAGAUACACAAUUAAUAACCAAAAACGACAAGAAGAUGAAGUAUUAGCAAUUUCGAAUAUUUAUAGCAAUAAUGAAUUUUCUUAUAGCAAAAAAGAUGUAAUAUACUGCCAUUAUUAUGUAUUUGUUAAUGACAGUGGCGAUUUAUUAAAACUCGAAAAUGUUCCUAAACAAAAUUUUGACUCAUUCUAUCUUUACUUUAUCAAAUAUUUGCCACCUAUUAGAAUGUAUUUACAACUUAAUGUUGAUUAUCCUACUGAAAAAUCGCCAAAUUUUUAUAUUAUUUCUUCUUGGCUUUCACCUUGGCAAAUAUCUUUUAUUUGUCAGAAAUUAGAUGAGAUAUGGCUGGAAAAUAGAGGUCAAGAAAUAUUGUUUUUGUGGUUCGAAUUUUUAAGGAAUGAUAUCCUUAAAUUUCUGAACAUUAAAGACGCAUUAGAUAUUUCAUUUAUGUAUAUGACAUAUCAUAACAUAUCAGAUUAUUUUAAGCUAAAUUCAAUAUUUCAAAAUGAUAUUAGAGCUAUAUACAGUAUAUUAUUUUAUGAUCCAUUACAAUUUUUACUAAGUUAUAAUAAAUAUACAGAAGAGAUUAAAUUUCAAAAUAGUUACUUUGAGUGUGUUAUAUGUUUUGGUAAAUUUUGUGGAAGACAAUGUAUAAAGCUCAAAAAUUGCGGUCACAUAUAUUGUGAAAAUUGUAUGCAGGAAUAUGUUAUUAUAAAAAUUAAGGAAGAUAAUGUAAUUGGUAUUAAUUGCCCUGAUUUAAGCUGCAAUCUUAAUAUUACAAUUAAUGAAGUUAAGAGACUCUGUCCAGAAUUAUUUUCACAAUAUGAAGAAGCUUUAUUACGUGUGACAUUAAGUACUAUGAAAGAUGUAAUCUUAUGUCCUAGAAUUUCAUGUCAAUGUCCAUCUGUAAAGACAUAUGAUGACACACUAGGAAUUUGUAGCAAAUGUGACUAUACAUUUUGUACUUAUUGUUAUAAGGUAUAUCAUGGGGUUGAACCAUGUGCUAUGUCUUCAAGUAACAGACUAAAACUUAUUGAAGAGUAUCAAAACGGUAACAAAGAUAAAAAAAAACAAUUAGAAGCAAAGUAUGGCAAGAAACAGAUACAAAAAGUUGCUGAAGAAUAUUUAACACAAGAAUAUUUAAAAAAAAACACGAAGGCAUGCCCAAAUUGUGCAACUAUGGUUGAGAAAAUUGACGGAUGCAAUAAAAUGACGUGUAAUUAUUGUCAGGCUUGCUUUUGCUGGCUUUGUGGAAUGCAUAUUACUACAAAAAAUCCAUAUGAUCAUUUCUUGGUUGGUAAUAGUAAUUGUUAUCAAAAUUUAUAUACAUAAAGCAAGAAGGAAAUAUUCAACUAUAACAUAAAGAAAGAAUAUAUUUUUAUUAAAUCAGAAUUAACAUGUAAGUUCAGUUUAAAUGUUAUUGUAUGAUUAACUGAAAUAUGUACAAAGUGUAUAAAAUAGAAUAUUUUACAUAUUAGUAAACAAUAACCUACUAUUUUUGGUAUUGUCAAGCAUCUUUCGGCAUAUGAACCUCAACAGUAGCUUCUGUUACAAACUGUUCCGCGAUAACAGAGACUGUUAAUUCAUCUCCCUGACAAUGUACUAUGUUAUCUAAAAAUAUUUAUAAAUGUUAUGAGACUUUUAA